GCUUGGCUUUUGAUUUCUCUUCAUUCGCUUUUACGACUUUUAUCUUCCGCUUUCAGCUACUUCCUUUCCUUUACGACCACCCCAUUCGUCCUUCCUUAAUCGUCAAUUCUCGUCAUGUACUCCAACGCCAUCCUCGCUCUCGUCCUCGUCGCCGUUGCUGGCCAGGCUGUCGCUUACCCCACUUUCGGUCCCAAUGCACGUCGUGCAUACGAUAUAUACACCUCUACCCUCACGCCAAGCACUGUCACGGCGCCGUCUCCCUCCCCCUCUUCAACCUCCUCGGGAACUGGCGGCGGUCUGGACCGUACAGCACUACCGAACACGGUCCAGCAGCUCGUGGGCGGACCUGACGGCCAGUCGUCUCAGACCGCGCAAGCCAGCACGGGCGAUGCCGCUAAAGACCUUCGUCGCCAGCAGAUCAUGGCCUCGAUUCGCCACAAGAGCUCUCAACGCACUGCAGCCAAGGAGCAGCGUCGUCAGCAGAUCAAGGCAGCGAUCGCCAACCGGCAAGCCAAGCGCAACGAGGCCUCCACGGCACCGGUCGACCCGACCGACAGCGGGGCAGUCAGCCUUGGUCUCGUUGGUGAUGUCUUCAAGUUCGGCACUAAACUCGCCAGCGGCAUUCAGUCCCUGGUUGACCCCAGCAGCAGCCGCAAGCGCGAGCUCAUAGAGCUACUCGCGCGCCAGGCGGCGGUGGAUCCCAACAGUGAGGCACUGAGCUUGAGCAGCAUUCUCAAGUUUGGUGACGAUAUCGUCGACGGUGUCAAGACCAUUGUUGAUGGCGACAGCAGCAGCAGCAGCAGCCGCAAGCGCGAGUUCAUAGAGCUGCUCGCGCGCCAGACGGCAGAAGAUCCCAACAGCGAGGCGCUGAGUUUGAGUAGCGUUCUCAAGUUUGGUGACGAUAUCGUCGACGGCGUCAAGACCAUCGUUGAUGGCGACAGUAGCAGCAACCAGAAUAAGCGUGAGCCGAUCGUCAUCCCGCCGGGCUCAGAUUACACCCCGCCGACGCUCCCGAACGGCGAUCACAUUCGGAUGCUCCGUAGCCUCAUCGAGCGCGAGCCCAUCGUUAUUCCGCAGGGCUCUACCUUCAACCCGCCUGUGCUUCCCGCCCUCCCGAACGGCGAUCACAUCCGGAUGCUCCGUAGCCUCCUCGAGCGCGAGCCCAUCGUCAUUCCGCAGGGCUCCACCUUCAAUCCGCCGGUGCUUCCCACUCUCCCGAACGGCUUUCACGCUCAGAUUCUCCGCAGCCUCAACGACCUGGACUGAGCGUUGGCCACGUUGGGGAUCCUUAACGUGUACACUUAUGACCUGUAAUGACCUUUCGACGACAUGGGGCCGGUCCUCAUGACUGUAGCUGUAGUUGUAAUUUGUGAAUGGAAUUUGGCUCUGACUGA